ACGAGCAGAUAAGCUGCGAGAGCGAAGCACUCGGUCCACCACAGUCGACCAAUAACGAAUUUACAAGCCGUGGUAUCGUGGCCGAGCGUUAACAACACUCUUAAUGGCUCUCCUAAAGUGUCCGCGUAUACGCCAAGGGCUCGCGGCCGUCCUCCUGAUUGUAUCGAUGACUCGUGCAGCUGCCACUCAGAAUUCGGAAAUGGCCAGCAUCAUGCAUCGUCCAAUACGGGCGAUCUCCUAUCCGUCGAGUAGCAACAUGGGCAUAUUCUUUGCCUUGGCCGUGCCCCUCGAGGAUCCCCUCAAGUCCGUCUCGCUGUCGUACUUCUUCGAGGCCAAUUACGGACUGCCGUCAACGCAAACGCUUUCGGCAUGGAGGAGGAGGAGGGCGGUGAGGAGGGCGGUGUGGAGGGUGGUGAAGAGGGUGGUGAUGAGGGUGGUGAGGAGGAAGUGCUCGAGGAGGAGGAGGAGGAGGAGGAGGGUGGAUAAGGGGAGAAGAAGCAUCGACCGCUCGACCGUUUAUGCCGUUCUUCAGAGCAAAUUUGAGAGCGCCGGAUUCCCAGGACAUGAGUGCUUGCUGCGAUCGAUCUGCGAGGCCUCGGAAUAUCCACUCGAACACAACGGCAUGCUGGGGGACAUCUUCCACAUUGUUUUCUCACCAUCUAGUUCGAGGCCAGAGGAUCACCUGCCGGAUGGGAUUAUCGAAGCCGAGCUGAAGGGACGUAAUGGAACCUGUUUCGAUUACUAUAUGCUCUGUCCCCUCGGUCUUUUCGACUUGAUUGGAAUCCUCCGGUGAGACCUUGUAUUGACACUCCGAGGCUUAGUUGCUCAUUCAAAUCUACAUUCACAAGACUAAUGUAUCCAUGCAUUAUAUACUUUGUACAUUAACUGCAAUUAAUAAAGUUCACAUUAUUUUGCGCAUUAAUUUUCUUAUCCGUUCAUACGGAACUUGAAGUUUCCAGCAGCACCUGUCGACAAGCUGCUAUUUGGUGGCCGAUUUAUUAAUAUUACAAAUUGAUAUCGAAUAGAC